UUCACAAUAAUCAUUCUUCUUAAUUGAUUCAAUUAUAACCCUAACCUAACCUAACCUGAAGAACAUUACAAGGAGAUUCAAAAGUUUAGAUCUUCAAAACAAGAGGCGACCUGAGAUCAAUACACAAUCCUAACACCAUGUGGAGAAGAUUUCCUUCAAAGCUUCGAAUCCUAGCCUCGCCACGACAUACUUUCGGCCUCCGCCGAUUCACUGCUGUAGAAUCGGACGUCUCUUUUCAAUUGCCGUCUCGGUCAUCAAUCUCGCCACUUUCUCGCCUUUUCAGCACUGAUAGCGAGAAUGUUGUUUCGAAGAAGAAAGUUGAAGAUGUAAUGCCGAUUGCAACUGGACACGAGCGCGAAGAGCUUGAGGCUGAACUUCAAGGACGUAAAGUACUCGAUAUUGACUAUCCUGAUGGUCCUUUUGGUACAAAGGAAUCCCCUGCUAUCAUCAAAUCCUAUUACGACAAAAGGAUUGUUGGAUGCCCUGGUGGUGAAGAUGAAGACGAGCACGAUGUUGUUUGGUUUUGGCUAGAGAAAGGAAAGUCACACGAAUGCCCUGUCUGCUCACAGUACUUUGAGUUGGAAGUGGUUGGGCCGGGUGGACCUCCAGACGGCCACGGAGAUGAUGAUCAUCAUCAUCAUUGAUUGGUGGGCAUUAGUCAUUCACGUCCAGCUGAGAAGAAGACAGGAUCCUAAAGUCGUGUUUUGGUUUCUCUUGACGGAUUGACAUUUAAUGAAAAAUAAUACCCUCCUUUUCAUUUUGCAGAUUUUAUACAUAAUCUCACCUUAUAAAUCAUACAUUUGAAUUUAGACUACCAUUAUUUUGGUUGCUUUGAAUAUCUCUCAUUGUGAGUUAUGCUUA